AUGAGCGACCGUGGAGGAGCGGGAGUGACUCUGAUCUUCAACCAGUCCUCGGUGUCCAACCGGACGAACACCAGCGCUUCGACUCACUACAAUCAGGUCAUCACCUUGGCUAACGUUUUCUUCCUACUGGUCUACACUCUGGUGUUUCUGGUUGGUUUGCUCCUGAACGGCUUCACGCUGAAGGUUUACUUUUGCCGAGCUCAGCAGCAGGUGACAAGCAGCGUUACCAUCUACCUGAAGAACCUGGCAGCCGCCGACUUCUUGAUCAGCCUCUGUCUGCCCAUCCGAAUCAUCAACUACGCCAGCAGCUCCGUCGUCGUCCGCCGGGUCUACUGCAACUUUGGUGCGUCUGCCUUCUACCUGAACAUGUACGCCAGCAUCCUGUUCAUGGGUUACAUCGCGGCCAACAGGUAUCUGAAGAUCAUCCAUCCAUUAGGAACUCACAUCCUGCAGACGGUGCGAGCCGCCUACAUCAUCUCCACGGUCACCUGGCUCCUCCUCUUGGCCAUGAUGAGCACGUAUAUCACUGUGUCGCUCCUCAGCCAGGAACCUUCACCCUCCGUCUCCAGCGCCGUGGACUGUACCGUCCUGCACAGCAAACCGCUCGCCAUCUUCUACAAAAUGGUGCACGCCAGCUCGGCCGCCAUCUUCCUGCUCGUCCUCGUCUCCCUCGUCUUCUUCUACUACAGCACGUCCCGCCGGCUGUCGCUGGCACAGAAGCGGCGGCCGGAGUCCCCCGGCUCCAAGAAGCUCGCCAAGUCCCGCCGGAACAUGUCGGUGCUUGUCAGCGUCUUCUGCGUGUGCUUCGUGCCGUACCACCUGGUCCGCCUUCCCUACGCAUUCAUGACGCAGCGGUUCGCGUCGGACCAUGCCUUCUACUACCUGAAGGAGCUGACCAUCAUGGUGUCGGUCCUUAACGUGUGCCUGGACCCGCUCAUCUAUUUCAUCUUCUGCAAGGCCUUCCGCGCACAUCUGAGCCUGCGGAGGCGGUCCAGCACCACACAGGCGGCAAUGCACGGAGCAAACGGCGAGAGGAGGUGCAGCGACGAGCGCACCAGCACCAUCAGAUUCAACCGGAAGACGUCGCUCACCACCACCACGACAAAGCAGAUCGGUGUGCUGUAG